GUUUCCUGAAUAUUGUCUACGUGAUUCUUAAUGAAUUAUGUACAUCGUAAUCCGUAUCUUAUGCUUACUUGUUCUUGAUGAUUUGGAGGUUGAGGCCGGAAGUGGCGGCCCGAGCGAGCCGCCGUAGGCAGGCGCACGCCAUUUGCUGGUUAAAACGACUUGUGGAGCGAGCAGCGCUGCUUCCCAGAACAUUCGAGAGGUCUCGACAGCAGAGAGGACGUUUUCUGAUACAGCGGCGCAAGACUUUAGCCUUUUUCGUCGUCUUUUUGAGCAACUUUUUUUUUGUUUUUUUUUUUUGUUUUUUUUUUUAAAUAAAGAGCGAGAGAGGCCCCCUCCUCCUUCAUCUUCCUCAUCGUCGUCGUCGUCGUCACACAGCACCCGAGAAGAAGCCUGGUGCAAUCGAUACAAGACCAGCGGCACCCGUCGACAUCGUUCACUGCGCCUCUUGGGACGAUCAGCGUUGUGUUUAUGUCUUUAUUUUGCGAAAACGAGCUGUUGCGCAGCCGUUGGAACCUGUGUGGUGGAAACUUAGCCUUCAAGCGGGGAGCUUGCGGCCACAGCGGCACGGCGUUUUUCAUGUCAGAGACCGAGCGCGCUUGCAGUCGUUUAUGUCAUCCCCUCUUUUCCAGACAGAAGAUCCCGGAAAGUCCCCAAUCACGAUCCUCUUAUCUUGCUGAUAGUAGCGCCGCCCGCCUCAUCCCGCCAACAUGUCUGUCAAUGUCAACCGCAGCGUGUUGGACCAGUUCUACCGCUACAAGAUGCCCCGUCUGAUCGCCAAGGUUGAAGGCAAAGGGAAUGGAAUCAAGACGGUCAUUGUCAACAUGGUCGAUGUUGCAAAGGCGCUGAACAGACCUCCAACAUACCCGACCAAGUUUUUUGGCUGUGAACUCGGCGCUCAGACCCAGUUUGAUACCAAAAACGACCGCUACAUCGUCAACGGCUCGCACGAGGCCAACAAGCUGCAGGACAUGCUGGACGGGUUCAUCAGAAAGUUUGUGCUGUGCGCCGAGUGCGACAACCCCGAAACUGAUCUGAACGUCAACCCCAAGAAGCAGACCAUCGGCACCUCCUGCAAGGCGUGCGGGUACCGCGGCAUGCUGGACACCAGGCACAAACUCUGUACCUUCAUUCUCAAAAACCCACCAGAGGCCAGCGACAGCGUCUCUGCCACCGCCAAGAAGGAGAAGGAGAAGAAGAACCGCAAGAAGGACAAGGAGAACGGCUCCGGGAGCGGAGAGGCCGGAAGCCAGGAGAACUUUGACGCUCCCGACGUGGUGGACGGAGAUGACGACGACGACUGGGGGGAGGAGACCACCAAGGAGGCCCAACGGAGGCGCAUGGAGGAGAUCAGCGACCACGCCAAGAACCUGACGCUCAGCGAGGACCUGGAGAAGCCACUGGAGGAGAGAGUCAACCUCUUCUACAACUUUGUCAAACAAAGGAAGGAGAGCGGCGCGGUGGACACGGCCGACAAGGAGAUCCUGGCCGAGGCCGAGCGUCUGGACGUGAAGGCCAUGGGGCCGCUCAUCCUCAGCGAGCUGCUCUUUGACGACAACAUCCGCGAGCAGCUCAAGAAGUACAAGCGACACUUCCUGCGGUUCUGCCACAACAACAAGAAGGCGCAGAAAUACCUGCUGGGAGGCUUCGAGUGUGUGGUGAAGCUGCACCAAGUGCAGCUGCUGCAGCGAGUUCCCAUCAUCCUCAAAGACUUGUACGACGCAGACCUGCUGGAUGAGGACGUCAUCUUCGCCUGGGCUGAGAAGGUUUCCAAAAAGUACGUCUCCAAGGAGCUGGCCAAAGAGAUCCACGCCAAGGCGGCGCCGUUCGUCAAGUGGCUGAAGGAGGCCGAGGAGGAGAGCGAGGGCAGCGACGAAGACGACCCCAACGUCGAGGUGGUUUAUUCCCCUUCGGCCCGCGAGCUCAAAGUGGAGACGGUGAAAGCGGAAAAGCCGGAGAAGGAAGAGGAAGACAUCGACAUCGAUGCCAUCUGAGGAUGCUGAUGCUGACGAUGCUUUGUUGUUUUUGAGGCUCUGCCUCCCCAUUUUGAAACGGCUUCACCCCCACCCUUGAUAAACGACCCCGCUUUGAGGCAUGUUCACGUAAGCUAGCGCUAAACUAACCGGCUGCACCUUCUCUCACUUGUCACGUUGACGUGCGUACGAGCCGCGCCAAAUCACACGAAUGACGCCGCGCUCGUUCUGGCCGAUUUGAAUCAUGCCUGUUUUUUGGGGAUCAUUGUAGUGCACUUUUUGUGGUCCCUCCUAUUUUUCCAGUCAAUAAAGAAAAUGAAUGUUUUGCUAUCCACAA